UGCUUUAGGGGGUGUGACGUUUUGUUUUGGGCGAGUUCACUGGUAAUGAUGCGUUCACGGCCACAGCAAGGCUCGGAGAACUCCAAAAUCAAUUAUUGUAAACUCAGUGGAUAAAGGGAAACUUGAUCAAGUUUAUAGACAUAGAAAAUAAUGCAGCGACAACGUUAUUUUGUGAUUAAUUCAAAAAGGUAGACUUUAUUAAUUCUUCUAAUUGUGAGAUGUUAAGUGAAAUCAUUCAAAUUCAAAUUCAACUUUAUUUAUAUGGCACUUUUCAUACAAAAAAAAUGCAAUUCAAAGUUCCUCACAGAUGCUAAAAACAACAAUAAUGACAAUAAUGGUUAAAAAAGUGAGUCGUAAGCCUCUUCUUAAAAACAACAACAGUCUCUGCGGCCCUGAGGCUCUCUGGCAAGCUGUUCCACAACUGGGGACCAUAAAAAUAUUCAUUUUGUUUUGGUUGUGAGCAGCCUGAGUGCAAAACACUACUUCAUCACAAAACACAAUAAAAAUUAUUUGCAUGCUUUUUGUAAUUCCUUUUUCAUUUUUCUUGUUUUUUUUUUGUUUUUUUUUUGUUUUUUUUGUUGUUGUUGUAAGUUUAGAAUAUCAAAUUUUGGACUACUUCCUCAAUCAGUUUUUUUCCCAUAAAACUUCCCAGCAGAGUCUCUAAAAUCUCCUUGUAGACUUAGGGCCGCAUUGACUCUAGACUUGAUAAAACACAGUGGACCAAGAGCAGCAGAUGACAUGGCACCACAAAUCAUCACAGACUGCGGAAACUUCAUGCAGGAUUUCUAGCACAUUGGAUUCUGGGCCUCUCUGAUCUUCCUUCAGACUCUGGGCUCUGGGACAUUGAUUUCUACAUAAGAUACUAGAUUGACUUUCAUCUGAAAAGAGGACCUUGGACCACUAAGCAAUAAUCUGCUUCCAUACAGCACUCUGUGAACAGCCAGUCUUUUCAGCAACAAUCUUCUGUGGCUUACUCUCCAUGUGGAGGGUAUCCAUGAUGAUCAUCUUCUGGACAGUUGUCUGCAUUGUGAUAGUGGUUGUGUUUACAAGACUAAGAGAUACAUGCUCUUUUUAUGAUGAAACACCUGUCCAAAGUACCAAAACUACUACAAAUGGACCACUGACACUCAUCAUCUCCUGAACAGCUGUUAAGUCAGCAGUCUCAAUCCCUAAUAUGUGCAUUGAACUUUUUCACAAGAUCCUUUUGUUCUCAGUUUUGCAUUGCUGUGAUGUGGCACUUUGCAAAUUACAAUAUCAGAACUGAUUGAAUUCACAGUUAUGAUAUGUUUGUGAAAUAUUUUGUAUGAGUAAAGAACAACUGCAGAAGUCUAUCAUUCAUUGGAGAGUCUGUGUUUAGGGAAUAAUGUUUGUAAGAGACUUGGUGACCUGAUUGGAGAGGGGGUAUUCUUCACUAAUUAUAUUCACCUCCAUCAGGGAAUAUGUUUCCAUACAGUCAGGUCACUUAUUACAGCUCAGCUCCAUUUCUCUCUGCUAAAUGUGGUGCGUGGUUUACUCUGCGGGAUUAUCUCAAACUAUCACAGCUCCCCAAAGACACUGUGUGUAUGAUUUAAAGCUGCUUAUUGUUUGGUACCACAUGAAAUUUACACAGAUGUUUCUAUAAAGUUUUCAAACUUUAUUAAAGUUAGAGGAAAGAGGUUUAUAUAGUGGGUUAAAAGGGAGAAGGAGGAGAAGAGAAGAGAUGAGGGAGAUUUCUAACUUUAGCAAAUCAUUCCCAAUGCAAAUAAUCCAUGAACAACUCUCAACAAAGUUUUGAUACAUCUGGGUUUUACCUAAAACUGUGUCACAGGGCUAACAGUGUUAUUAUGGGAGGACCAGUUUUCUCAUCUGUCCUCUUUGUCUCCCUCCUUUCCUCCCUCCCUCUCUUUGUCUCUCCUCCUCAGCAGGUGCCUGAGAGCUCUCUCUCCUCUCUUACACUCUGAGGUCUUCAAGUUGAAGAUCCAUCAGCGAGAAACUCUGUCCUCCUGAUUCACCAGAUAAACCAACUAAAACUUCUGCAAAUUCCACUUUUUACACACCACUUCUUCUCAGGACCUCCAGGACUGGCAAAAACCCUGAAAUAUUUUCAACAGAGGAACAAAUUAUCGACGAAAAAAGGUAUGUCUGCUGUGUUGUGAUUGAAAAUAUAAAAGGGAACUUGUUUUAACAGCAAGAGGGGACAAGAGUUUUGCCCUCAUUUGUUUAGCUUUUAGGAUACCUGCAUAAAACUGCACAGAUUUCUUUUAGCUGAUACAAAAACCUUUAAAAAAUUAAAUGUUAAUACUGUUUUGCUGUUUUUUUCUGCAAAUGUGUCACCUUUUAAACAUCUUCUAUGUGUUUUUUUUACAUGAGUCUACAAUAAAUCCCUAUCAAAUCUCUUCAUGUGCCAAAUAAAUUUCACAACAUUUUGCAGGUGCUUCAAAUUACAAAAUUGAGAAACUUUAAAACCACAAAGACAGAAUUUAUGCAGCAAAACUAUCAAAAAGUUUGAAAGGGAGUAAGGAGAAAAAGCUUUUUCUAAAUUAAACAAUUCUGAUUUUAAAGAGUUGGCUGUUUUUUUGAGUGAGCAGCUGUUCGUUAAAAGAACAAAAUGCACAAUUACAUAUUUAUCAAAACUAAGCAUCAUAUUUAGACAAAAGUUAAUUUGACACACACUGUAUUUGCAAACAAAUAGUGAUAACAUACUUGUAGAAAAAAUGUUGUAACUUUGCCAGACACUUCUCCAUUUCAUCAGAGUUUUACCAGCUUCGACCAAACACCUGUGGACACAGUUUGCACACUUCUGCACAGAGUUGCAGAUUUUCUCUUCCCCCUUUUAUUUGCUUUAACAGACAUGUUUGGGUUUUCUGCAGCAGGAUGCAACGUUUCAGGGAAGGUAUUCACAUUCGCACCAUGAAGGCGAAGCGGAAAGUGGAGGAGAUCUCCAAAGAGGACGUGCAGGCCUUCCUGAAGAAGAACGCUUUUGUGCUCUUUACAGUCGGGGCCGUUAUCGUAGGUAGGUACAGUAUGCCUCUGAAAGCUUGAUGUCAAUAUCUUUAUACCUUGAGAGUAAUGUAUAUAAACCCCUCAUAUACUGUUCUCUGUGCAGGAAUCAUCCUGGGAUUUGCUCUACGUCCAUAUAAGAUGACCUACAGGGAGGUGAAGUACUUCUCUUUCCCAGGAGAGUUGUUAAUGAGGAUGCUUCAGAUGCUGGUUCUCCCUUUACUCGUCUCCAGUCUGAUAACAGGUACAACCUUCACAAGUCACUCCAAAGAUUGACACGUGGCUCCAACCUUUAAAUCAGGAUGGUAGUGUUGUUAGGAUCAGCAGAUGUGCUGUGGGCUGAGUUUGAUUUCAUGGCCUGCCUGAACUAGCAAUACCCUUGAUAGACCAUAAUUAGAUAGGAAGGGGGGUGAAUAUCACACCAGCCCAUAUCAGCUGAUAGCUCGGCUGAUCAUUCUCUCUAAUUUGAAAAUGUCAAAAUGUUUAUUCUCUUCAAACUGCUUCAGCCAGCCCACUCUUCCUGCUUCUUCUGUAAACUGCUUUGCACCUGCCUCCACCCAGCUCGUUUUUGUUAAGCUGUGUCUGAUUUUACCCUGGAUUAUAACUGAUGCUGCUCUGCUCUGUAGCCUGGGGUUUUUGCUGCUGCUUUCCUUGCCUUCUCUUUUCAUGUAUGCACAUGAAUCAGAGGGAUGGUGUGCUCUCCCUACUUUAAUCCUCUGGCAUUCCACAUACAUGGAAAGGCUGGAAGCUCCCAGAACAGGGCGAUACCACCAAAUAUAACUUAUUGCCUGAUAGCUGUAAUUUCUUUUGACUCAAGUGGUGCUGACUAAAAAAGUGAUAAAAAACAGUUUUUUUUUCCUUGUACAGCCUGCUAAACACUUCACUCUGGGCCUUUAAUUUUUUUUUAAAGACCAUCAAAAAAACUUGUUGUUUGGAUGUUUGCAGGAGACAUUGUAGUAGCCAAAAUACACUCGGCGUAUGGGAAAGUCAGAGCUUUUUGGAAGAAAACUUCCACAUUUCAUGAGGAGAUGUAGAUGUUAUCGUUAAACUGCUUCAGCCUUCCUACUCCUGCUUCCUCUGCAACCACUUUGAAACCCUCCCUCACCCCAGCUCCUCCUUUUUGUGCUGCUGUGUCUGAUUUUACCAGUGUCAUGCAGACUGUUACUGAUACCUGCUUUGUACUGGGUCAUUUCCUGCUGCUCUACCUGUUUUGGCUGUUUCUUAAAUCCCAGGAGAGGUGUGCUCUCCUUAUCUCAUGAUUGAGAUUCCACUUAUGCAUUUGGAAGGACGCAACUAAUGGCAUGCAGUUCUCAUUGACAAAAGCCGUGCUGAUUUAACUAAAUGAAAAGCCAACAUUCUGCUGAUACAUAAAUGAUACAAAUACAAAAACACACCAAUGCACAAAUGAUAUGCAUAUAAAAAGAACUGGAAAGAACAAAGUGCUGCAGGUCUGUAGAGAUGUAUUGCGGUAAGAGUAAGCAAGUCAAGCCAGUAAAAGCCAAGUAUACUCCCCCGCCUCAGGCUUUAGCAUUCUACAAAUACAUGUGGACGGACAUGGAGCUCUCAGAGUGAAGUCAUACUCCCAAAUAUAACUCAUUGCAUGAAAUUAAGUGAUUUUCUUUGGUUAAAGUGGUCCUGGCUGAACUGAAUAUUUGAUGCUCUGAAAGCAAAACUUGAGAUUUAAGUUUGAGUGAGAGCUUUAUGGGUUUAUUAAUGGCAAUAAAAACUGCAUUUUCACUCCCCAUCGAUCAGGAAUGGCAGCUUUGGACAGCAAAGCAUCAGGAAAGAUGGGAAUGAGAGCUGUGAUUUACUACAUGACCACCACUUUCAUCGCAGUCUUCAUCGGGAUCAUCAUCGUCCUCAUCAUCCAUCCAGGUAAAGGGUCUAAAGAUGAGUUUGGAAAGCAGCAGACGAUAGAGCAAGUCAGUCCUGCAGACGCCUUCUUGGAUCUGAUCAGGUAGAGCGCACACUCGAUAAAAAUAAUCACAAAGAUUUGAUUAAUGAUUGACAACAUCUCUCAGCAUCUGCUUUCUCUCAUUUUAGAAACAUGUUUCCUCCAAACCUGGUCCAAGCCUGCACACAGCAGGUAAGAUCAGCUCAACACUCACCUGUUACGCCCACCUGAUUAAGAGAACGGCUGAUGUUUUGUAUGGUGUUAAUCCUCUAAAGCAUAUGAAAUGAGUCAACAUUUUCACCUUUUUGAGUGGGACUUUCUUCAUGCAGAAGCUGGAGUGUGUAUGAAAGGAAAAGCCAACAGAAGAGUGCUCAGUUGAUGCUAGAGUGACUCAUUUUGGUUGAAGUCCUGCAAAACUUAGAGAAUUUUUCAGAUUGAAGAAUACCUGAACUUAUGUCAAAAUCACAUCACUGUAACUUUAUUUUUAUAUCCUAAUACUUUAGUGUAUUUUUCUCCUGCUGAGGCUAACCCUUAAAGUUGGCUCAAGGGUCAAAAACCAAUGUUUCUAAUAGCAAUAAGAUACUUUUAAAACCACCAGGAAAAACAGAUAUCAUGAUAUUGCUGUCGGAGAUGCAAAAGAAACUUUGAAAAAAAAACAGUAUUUGCUGCAGGAAGCAUCUCCAACAGUUUGAUUAAAUUAAAAAAUCUACCAAAUUAUAUCCCAUAUGUCAGACGAUAGGACAAAACUUUCCUUAUUCUUAAUUUGGCCCAGCUUGAGAAACAAACGGUUGUCUGCUCCACUGUGGAGUGGCUCUGAAGGCAAUAGCAAAGUUCCAAAUCUCUAACAUGCAAAGUGGAGACCCAGCUUAGAGUCGUACUAGUGGAAAGGUCCACCCAGAAACCUCCACUGAUGCUUGAAUUUUCUCCUGUCUCCAGUUUAAGACCAAAUACGGAAAGCGAGUGGUCCACGUGACGGUGACGAUAAAUGACACUCUCUUCAACUCCACCAACGGCACCCAGGAGGUUAUGGAGAUCAGCAGAGAGGAGGUGAUCCCAGUGCCGGGUCAGGUGAAUGGGGUCAACGCUCUGGGGUUGGUGGUCUUCUCCAUGUGUUUUGGUCUGAUCAUCGGUAACAUGAAGGAGCAGGGUCAGCUCCUCAGGGACUUCUUCGACAGCCUCAAUGAAGCCAUCAUGCGUCUGGUCGCCAUCAUCAUGUGGUGAGACUUUACCGCCGAGUUGAAGUGUUUCCUCUUGGGCCAAUGUUCCCCAUCUUCAACAACCCCCUCUCUCCUCUUCCCCUCAGGUAUGCUCCCAUUGGUAUCCUGUUCCUGAUUGCAGGGAAGAUUGUAGAGAUGGAUGAUCUGACUCAGAUGGGAGGCCAGCUGGGGAUGUAUACUAUCACGGUCAUCAUUGGUCUAAUGAUCCACGCCAUUCUUAUCCUCCCAACUCUUUAUUUUGCCAUCACUCGACAAAACCCAUUCAUCUUCAUCGCCGGGCUCCUGCAAGCUCUAGUCACAGCCCUGGGAACCUCCUCCAGGUGAGUCCAGACCUCAACAAAUGAGCGACGAUAAUCCCCUCAGACAGUCAAUCUGGAAUUCCAGGAUUUAAACCAGUUUUGUUUUGAUGUAGCCUGGCUUUUAGCAGGAACAUGAAGAGCUUAAGUCAACAUUGGACAUCUGUAUGCUUUGUGUACGAAAUCUUAAGACUGAUUUCAACCAAAAGUACCAAUUUUUUGAGUCUUAGGAGAUGCCUUUUGAAGGAACUCAAAGGUUCCCUCUGCCAUAUGCUGUGGCAUAAGAAUUGGCUGAAGUUAAGGAAACUUUUUGCAGGGACCAGAAACCUUUCAAGGAACCCAAAAUCUCUCUGGUGCAGGGACUGUGGUCUAAGCUUGAGGACACAGGCCCAGGGUUUGACUCUUGGCCUCUAAGGUGCUCUUGCUGACAGGGGGAUCUUCCCUUCAGAAGCAAGAGCUAGAAUAGCUAAAUGGUCCAGCCUGUCCUCACCCACCUUGCUUUGUGCAAAGCACGAAGAACAGGUACAAAUUUUUGUAGCAUCAGGUGCCCAGUUGUGUAAAACAUUGACAUAGCUUUGACUCCUUUGAGAACACUUCAAUUGACAGUCAAAUAAGAAAUGAAAAACAGCCAACUUUGACGAAGCUACAUGCAAAUUUGGCACAAGUCCAGUAAAAGAUUAAAUUCAAACACAUCAUAACCAUAAAGAUCCAUGGACUAAAUCUACAAAGGAGGCAUAAUCUUGCUCAAAUUGUCUAUGAUCAGUGAUGACAGGGUUUGAAUUCUUUUUCAGUAAGCAUUCUCUAGUGAUAAGAAUUCAGGCUCUGUUUAAUGAUUCAGAUAAUUCAGCUUUGCAAGAACUGACCCCUUCCAUACUUAAAUGCCAGUCAGAAGACGGUUUUUAAAGCUGAGUUUUUUGUGACUGGCAUAUACUCAGUGCAGAUACUGUCUGCAGUCACAGUUCGGUGUUCCUGCAGGUUAAAAAUGAUAAAGUUAACAACGAACUGAACCAAAUAUUAUAUCUAAUAAAAAGAAAUGUUAAUAAUUAACUCUUCAUAGAUUGACAGACCAGAACAAUGAUAUUGUGUAUCACAGUACUGAACCACACCAAGUUUCCAAAUUUUCUCUCUGUGAGAGCCAACUGGCAAGAGGCAAAGUGAUGAAGUUGGCCUUUCUCAAGUUGGUCAGCUACACCUCCAAUGCUGCAAAACUCAGAUCUUGAAUAUCUUAAAAACUAAAGAGUUAUGAAACAUCACCCCAACAGAAAGAGAUGAGCGAUUUAGACUGAAGUCUGACUUUGAAUCAGGCUGUAAACAUGUUGAGUUUUACUGGAUUUAUCAGAGACCUCAAAUGAAAGGUUCAAAGAUGAGUCACAUUUUUGUGUUUGUAACUGUUUUUAUUAGUGAAGUUUGUGUUUUGCCCCAUACCUGUUUCGCUUCUCCUAUAGUUUACCAAUUGUGUUGUUUAUUCAGUGCCAAAAAUGGGUGGUAAUAUUGUUGUUGUGACAUUUUACAGCCACAAUAAUUGGGAGGUAAAAAUUUGAUAUCUAGACAGCCCUAAAAUAAAAGAUCUAUGAUGAGCAUCACUAUUUUAUCAAUAAUAUUAUCAGUUGGUGACAUUUGUUCUGUAGUGAAAUGCAGGUGGAUGAGCUGCUGUCUCUUUGCCAAGUAGGAAGUAAAACUGAGUGAAUUUGAAACUUUAUUUAAAACGGUCAAUAUGAUUUAAGCAAUUUCUCCAUUAUUCCAUCGUCACAUUUUUACCAAAAUGUCUUCAUUUUUUCGUCUUUUCUGGACCAAUUUUGCUUCUUCAUCUUCUGAACUCUAAAAGAGCUAAGAGGGGAAAAUAAGGCAUGACAUGACACCUUCUGUAUUUGGAGAGCACUUAAACCACUAUGCCACAAUAUAUUAAUCAUAUAUCCUUAUCCUGCUUUCCAGUUCAGCCACUCUCCCCGUCACCUUUAAAUGUCUGGAGGAAAACAACAAAAUCGACAAGCGGAUCACUCGCUUUGUGCUUCCUGUUGGCGCCACCAUCAACAUGGAUGGGACUGCUCUCUACGAAGCACUGGCCGCCAUUUUCAUCGCCCAGGUCAACAACAUGGAGAUGAAUUUUGGGCAGAUCAUCACCAUCAGGUAAAAAAAAAGACACAAAUCAGAAUAAAAAUCAUGUUUGAAGCUUUUAUUAAUAAGAAAAGUGGAUAUAAAGCAUCUCAUCACUCCAGCAUCACAGCAACUGCAGCCAGCAUUGGAGCUGCAGGCAUCCCUCAGGCCGGCCUGGUCACCAUGGUGAUUGUACUGACCUCUGUUGGACUUCCUACUGAUGACAUCACUCUUAUCAUUGCUGUUGAUUGGUUCCUGUGAGUAUCCUGGUCAUAGAAGCGUCCUUCCAUCCAUUCAAACAGGAGCUGCGUACCUGUAGCUCACACCUCUUAAAGGUCAGAAGUAGCUCUGAGUCUACUACCACCUAGUGACACACUUCUCCUCUCCCCCGAGCCCCGCUCCACAUCUCCUCCUUUCUAUUGAACAUUUUCUGCAAUGAGUUUUAACAUAGAAACAUAAUUAGGUUUCCCAAAUUAAUCAUUUCAAUUAGAAUACCCUUCCCAGAAAUUACUCAGCUAACUGGGGUAAUAAGAAAAACCCUCCUCUCUUUAACUAGGAUGGACCAAAUAUGAAACUCUGAGAAGCUGUCCUGCUCUGAGGAGGCAGAAGUACAGCUUCUGAUGGAUAUCAGGCUUUAUUUUCAGGAGCAAGGCAGGGUAAUAGUUAAAAUCCACUCACUGAUCUAUUACCACAGGGACAAGAUACAACUUUGCAAGUGAUUUUAACUUUUGUAAGACUGUUGCGUUAGUCAAAGCAUCUCAGUCAUUGGCUGUGGAGUGGUGAAUAUAAGUCAAAUGUUUUCAUACAGUGAAAUAUGAUCAAAAUUAUCAACAUUUCUUGUUUUGUUUUUGCACACAGUUCUUGUUGCAAGUGUUCAUGCCUUUAUUCAACCAGCUUAUCUAAAUAUUUUUAUUCCAAUAUCAUGUUUCCCUGCUGGUGUCUAUUAAUCUUAACUUUUAAAUCCAUCUUUGUUUCAUGACUUUUCACCUUUUAUUGUUUUUAAUCCUUUUACAGCACUUUAAAUUGCUGCGAUUGGCAUUAAAGGCACCAUAUAAAGCUUGAUUGAUUUCUUGGCCAGUUGUAGCAACUUUCAGGAUAGUCACGCUACUGUCGAUGACCUAUCCAGCACAUAACGUCAAAUAAAACCAAUAAGAACUUGUAUUUAGACCUUGUCUUUUAAAUAAAGUCUCAUAGAAAGUGAGUGUGCUUUAGAGGUGAUGGUUAAAGAUAUAAAUAUUGUAUCAGUUUGAAUGAUGAAAAUAUGAUUCCUACAUUUCCUAAAUACACACCAAAGCUGCACCCUCAUUCUGCCUCUGCAAAAUUUUACAUUUACAGAGGCAGAAUGACUGUGAAUGCCAUCACAAAACUGUUUUAUAGUCACGUCGAAACAUUCCGUAAGUCAAGCUGGUAACAGAGAGUAGCAGUCAUUGCAGAAUAUCAACCUCAGUUCAGGCUUUCAAAUCAAUUUUCCACUCGGCUUAGAUACUGUGGUUUCAUUCAGACCAUUUCCAAGUGGAAAAAAAUCAAAAUUACUUGCCUUGCUUCGAAGCCAAGUAAUUUCAUAGCCAACCUUAGUUGACACAGAGAUCCUGUAUGGUGCUCCUGCUCUGCACUGUCAUCCUAUCACAUGUGCCUCCAUCUGAUAAACAGAAAUGAUCUUUCAUUUCGGUUUAUCAGCUGGAAGGGAAAUCAGUGUAAAUGUGAAUCUGCCUGAGCAAAUAGAAAAAGAGAAUGAAGAUUCAUGUGGCUCCCAGACUAAAAUCUGAGACUUUCAGAACAGCUUUCUGUAUGCAUUUACAACCAAAGCCGUCCUGACUCGCCUGUUAGGUUGUCAUGUAUUCCCAUUUAUUUGCCCUUUUCUCCUAUUUGCCCUUUUCUUUGGGAUGUAGGGACCGUCUGCGCACAACAACCAAUGUUCUGGGGGAUUCAAUUGGAGCCGGUAUCGUGGAGUUCCUGUCCCGACACGAGCUUCGCAGCAAAGAUGUGGAGAUGGGAAACUCUGUGCUGGAGGAGAAGGAGAGGAAGAAACCAUACAAGCUCAUCUCUCAGGAUAGUGAUUUUGAAAACGACAAACGUGCUCACAGUGAAUCACACAUGUAAUUCAUCUUAUCACAGGUCCUGCUCCAUCUGUCCGCUCAUUAAGACCCUCACAGCUGGUUCUUUUUGGAGAAGUAGGGACUUCAUUGUAAAGUGGUUUUGUCGGCCAUUUUGCUUCUUCACACUUUGGAUUUGUUGACAUUUCUCCAUCGUUACAGAAGUGAAUUUCUUACAUUGCCCUAAAGAUGACAUUCUUAAUUAACUGCAUCUUCAAAUAGGACUGGUAGAUUCUGUAUUCUAUGUUUAUUACUGUAAUGAGUAUUUCACGUCAUAUUACCUUCAUGCUUCAUGAAAGCAGGUCUUUAUAUUUAAUGGGAAAAAUUGGAAGUGGGCCUCAUACAUUUUCACAUAAUCCAAGAUCUAAAUGACCAAAAGUUACAAAAAUGUUUUGUAAUUUCUCCAGCAGAUUUCUGUGUCUGGCUGUAAUGAUACAGCUGAUAACCCACAGCAGCCAAAACAAUUGUCAUUAGAAGAAAAUGAUGCAACUACUAAAAUACACGAAAAGUUCUGAUUAAAUGCAAGAAUGCAAAUGUGCAAAUUAAAGAGCAUGCUGCAAAAAGUCCAAACGUACACAAAUCUGAUGCACAAGAGCAAAACACUGCUGUAGAGAAAUGCUUCCAAUUCAGACUUUACAAUACUUUUGUUGUAGCCUUUAGGAUUUUUUUAAGCAGACCACAUUAUGAUUAUACCCUUGUCCAAGCAGAUCAUCUUUGAGCCCCAAUGACUUUGCAAAGAUUUCAAUAAAAGCCACACAGCUUUUACUUAGAAGUAAUGUCAUGUCCUCUCUGUCAUGUUUUCAGACUGUGCUCAUUAAGGGACAAAAACAUGCACAAAUAAUUAUUUUGCAGCCAUUACAGCUUGUCUCAGAAAUGCAAGCUGAGGAAACAUACUGGAUCCAUAAUAAAACCCUUUGUUCCUUUUAGUCAUUUACACUCAAGAAUUUGAAAAAAUGAGGCUCACAUCUAAAAUUUCUUGACUUUGCAGCCACAAAGCAGAACAGAGAACAGGCUGUUGAGUACAAACAGUUCCUGUAGUCUCAUGAGGAACUUUAAAGACAUUUGCUGAAGAGAGGAUGAUGAGAUUUUAAUCAUUUUUUUGUCACCACCAUAAAAUUAGACUUUAUCUCCAUUUUCCAACAUUAGCUGGGAAACUUUAUGGUUAUAUCAAACAUUUUACUGUUAUUUUUUUGUACAGGCGCUAGUGAUGCAAAAUGCAUAUGAGUGCAUGUUCACGUUUCAAAUGUGGCUGAAUUUUUUUUACUUAAACUGCUGAUGCAUUGUAGAUAUAAGAUAGAUAAUUACACCUGGGGUUAUACAUGUCAAAAUCCUCUGAUCAUGACAGAAAUUGAACUUUGUUUUGUGGAUAAAGGUUGUCUUAGUUUUGUUUAUUAUAUCUUCAUAUAAAUAAACAGAAGAAAACCCUC